AUGCUGCGAAUGCUUCAAUGGGGUCGUUGGCGCCCGGCAACUUCAGGGCUGGCCUCCGCUCUGCGACGUACCGCGCAUACGGCGCAUUCUGAGGCCGACCUGUCUCCUGUCCUUUUGACCCGCGCUCGAUUGCUUGCCGUGGAGCAUGCGAAGCUAUCAAAUCGAUUGGCAGAGUCCUUUGAUGCUAAAGUGGCUAAGCGAGCCGGAGAAUUGGCCCCGGUCACUACGGUUCUGAAAGAAUGGGACAAUGCGAAUGAGGUAUGCUCUUCUAUCUUACCCGAUGCUUCCGUCUUUGGGGGCGUGUCGUUGACUCUCGGCGUUGAAAAGUCCAUAGUCGAAUUGAAAUCUCUCCUUGAAGACCCUGAAACCGAUGAAGAGCUACGAUUGCUGGCGAUCGAAGACCUGGAAUCUAGCAGAGACGCCAUCCCCUCAAUAUCGGACCGUCUCAAAAAAUCCCUGAUUCCCCGGCAUCCAUUUGCGGACCUCCCCUGUUUGCUUGAGAUUCGACCUGGAGCCGGAGGAGAUGAAGCUGGUCUGUUCGCAUAUGAGAUGUUACGUAUGUACAUGUCGUUCUGUUCUCGGCGGGGCUUACGACCAGCCAUCAUCAAGCAAGACGUGGAAGAUGGCCCGUCGGAAGACCGCCUAAGCGAAGCAGUGAUCGAAAUCGAAGCCGACGGGGCCUAUGAUAUUCUGCGGACCGAAUCAGGGGUGCAUCGUGUCCAGAGAGUGCCAGCCACUGAAACCAAAGGUCGAACUCAUACGAGCGCCGUCAGCGUCAUGGUCUUGCCCAGCUUCCCAGAGACCGGCAGUGGUAUGGAUAGCGCCUUGAAUUUCGAAGACCCGAACAGUGAUUACUAUAUCGACCCACAAGAACAUGUCAACAAGACCGAGUCUGCCAUUCGAUUGACCCAUAUUCCCACGGGGACAGUGGUCUCUAUGCAAGAUGAGCGUUCUCAGCAGGCAAAUCGUCGGAAAGCCUGGCAGAUGCUACGUGCGAAGAUUGCCGAAGUCCGCCAGGAAGCCCGCGAGCAGGAAUUGGUCCAAUUGCGGCGGGGAGCCAUGGGUGGUGUAGCUCGUAUGGGCCGAGGGGACAAGAUCCGCACCUACAACUAUGGCCAAAGCCGUUGCACCGACCACCGAAGCGGUAUCACACUCCACAACCUGGACGAUAUCCUGAGUGGCGGGGAGGGCCUGGAAACGGUCAUGGAAAGCGUGCGCACUUGGAUGGCAGAUCGCGAGAUCGAGGCUAUGUUGGCUGAGGAGUUGGUCAAAAAGAAGGAGAAGUAA